CAUGUGGUGGAGCAGGUGUUUACAACCUUGGCUUGCAACGUAGCAAGAGAGAACGUACUGCAUUCAAGAAGUUACAUUGCUUGCCACAGGAAGAAUAAUGGCAAGUGAGAAGGUAAACCAAGCUGUCUUGCCUCUGCCUAAUCCGAGGAUGGAUGACUUGAAGGGCACAGUCAGCGACUUUGGCAACGAACUGACUGUUAUGAAUAAACAAAUGGAAAAGAAGCGAGUCCAGAAAGAAAUGUUGCAGAAGACAGUAGAAGCUAAGCGUGAACAUAUUGAAGCCCUCCGUGCUGAGAUCCGCGCGUUCAUUGCCAAAGAGACCGAACUGAAGGAGCAGGAGAAACUGCAGCUGGCCAGGAUUCAGCAGAGCAAUGCAGAUUUGACUGCUGUCAAGACCAAGCUAGCCAAGUCACGAGCACGCAGAGACGAAUUUCGUCAGGCCACAGACCAGCUAGUGAGAAAGUUUGAAGCUAGUUCUCACGACAUUGCGAGAGAAUACAGCAACUUGAGGCUGAGAGAGCGGCAGCAGGAUGAAGGUGUCUUCACGGACGAUGAUCUGGACCAGAAGAUGGAGAAGCAGGCAGAGGUAGAACGACUUAACUCAAUGAAAAAUGCUCUCGCUUCUUCCUCUCCUAAGCGUUUGCCAACAGAGACCAUGAAAAACAUCGUGAAAGAGUGUCAACUCAUGGUUGACAGGCUGAAGAAAAUUAAUGAAGACUUACAGUUUUACGAAGCUUCUCUUCAAAAACGCCUUGAAAUGCUACGAGAUGAAUUAUCCCACAUGCGUCCUGAACAGGUCAUUAACAAUGGAAAAUAAUUACAGUAUUACAAGACUUAGCUAAAACUAUUCUUACUUUGCGUUGUUCAAUAUCCUUCUCUUGCAACGUCAAGUAUAUAAAAAAUGGAAAUUUAUUUCAGAAUAAUUCCAAUACAUUUCUUACCACAUGUUCAACCUGGAGGAUAUAUCUUACUUAUAGUAUGAUAUAAUUUCCACAUAGCUUGUUAAUAUUUUCAGCUAGCGGAAUUAGAUGUUGCAGUUAUGUUUACUGAGAAGAAAUAGUUUGGAAGUAACUGUAGUUACAGUAAACUGACGCUGUUUAUGUUUAACAUAAAGUUAUGAAUGCACUCAUUCUCUAGCGAAUAGCAUCCGGGAGUGAAUAGAUCGUAGUGAUGAAUAAUGAAAGCUAACAGAUGAACAGAAUAAGGGUGUUAGAUUAGGUACUCAAUAAAUUAUUAUAGAAUGCUAGUACAUUAUACUAUUAAUUCUGUUACGAAAAUAUAUAAAAACUAACGAGAUCAAAUGUAACUGAUUUUCACAAGAAAAAACGAUAUAUGUGCAUGCGAUGUAUUGAGGUCAGAUUAAUUAAGUAUAGUACUGUAAAAGCAUGUUAAGAACCAGUGAGCCAGAAGUACAUAAAAUCAAAAUAACACACGCAAAUAAAAAUAUAGGUAUUAUAGUUUACACCACAGUCGCUUCAUAUUGAAAUAUGAUGGAAAUGCGUUGUUUGUACGAGAGCCUUGAUAAACUUGUGUUUAGUAGACUGCAGUAUGACGAGAACCCUUUCUCAGGUAUUGUAAUGAGCCUCUGGACAUAUUUUUUCUAAUUGCAAAAUUGAUUUCAAAUCACGUUUUUUAUGCAUAAGCAAACAGCACCUUGGUUAUUAAUAAUUCAGGAUUAAAUGAACAUUUCAUACUAUAUUAUGUAUACUAUUGUAUUAUUAUUUUUUAGCUAUGCAAGCUGCAUUUUUUUGUGUGUGCACGAAUACAGAAAUUUUGUUUAUAUAUGGACGUGUCACAUUUGAUUAUCAAUAAAUUACCUUGUUUUGA